UGCAAAUGCUGGAGAAGCUAAUCCCAACCUUUUCUCCCAUUUUUUAGGUAGGAACAGAAUGGGACCCCAAGGAGCGACUGUUCCGUAACUUUGGGGGUUUGAUUGGGCCAUUUGAUGAGCCAGUUGCCAUGCAGAAGUGGGCCAAAGGCAGUAACAUGACCGCCACAGUUGUAUGGAUUGACCCCACUUACAUUGUGGCAACAUCGUAUGACAUAAUGGUGGAUUCAGAGGCUGAAUAUACGCAUUACAAACCCCCGUUAAACCACCCUCUGCGGCCUGGGAGCUGGAUCGUGCGUGUCCUGCAUCUGUGGGUUCUCCUGGCAGAAACCAAGUUCCUGGUGGUUCCCCUGGCCUACAGUGGGAAGCAACCUUUCAGAAAAGGACAAGACCAGUGGUUACAUGCCGGCCCACCGAACAAUGAGUAUAUGGACCAGAGUUUCCAGCACCUCAAUGGGAUUCUGAACCUUCCUCCAUCAGAUAUUGCUAUAAAGGAGGCUUUCCGUAACUCUCAGCUAGUUGGCAAGCCUCUGGAAUUGUGGGUGUAUGAAAGUAUAGGCAAAUUCUGGUCAGCUGCCAACACGUGUACAGUUGAACCUUCACUGUGCCCAUUGCUGCCACCUUGUCAAAAGACCAUCUGGAGUUCUCUAUCAGAUGACCCAAAAUCUGAACUGGGACCAGUCAAAGGUGACGGACGCCUGAGGUAGCACAGAAGGUGGAGUUUGGGGGGAGUGCAGUAUGCAGUAGUUAAACAAGCAGAAAGAAAACACCUGUGAACUGGCAUGUUGAUUCAGUGUCCUGUCACUCGUAGAUGGAAGAAUGACACCAAUCUAUUAAGAAGACAACAUAUAGAGUUUAAGAAGAAGGAGAUAUUAUAUGCCACAGAUACCCUGCACCACAGAUUGUCCCAGUACAAUGCAGCGAUUGGGUCUUUGGUGCAUGUUGAAUUGAGGUAUCUGACCUCAGCACAUGGUGGCUGCAAGAGGAAUUAUAGGACUGUCAUCCCUGAAUGAAUCGGCAUCAGUUGAACUUCGAGGAAGCUCCCAACAUUCCUGGUUUCACCCAACUGCCUCUGGAAUCUUUGAUUUCUGCUCAGAUCCAGUUUGUGGUUGAUUUUGAGCUAACUGCCAUUGAGGGUGGAAUGAAAUGAAAUUUUCAGUAAUGUCAAAGCCAUCUCUACAUCACUGCAAGGAAGAAAUCAAGCAACUUAAGGUGUUAAGCAUUUUAACAUAUGACACUAACUUCAGAACUCUUUAUAAUGACGUUCUUUACAAAAAAAAAUUCUCUCUUCAAUUUUUGCUCAUCCUGUUGAAAAAUAUCUGGGCUAGGGAGUGAAGCACUUUCCAUUCAGGCAUCCAGUGUCAGAAUCAAACACCAUCUGAGCAGAUAUAGCACAGAAUUAGAUACGGUUUAAACUACCAAUUAUUUUAUCCCCACCUAUCCCCCACAGGCUAGGUACAGAAUAAAACUCCCUCUGCACUGUGCUGACAUUUAGUCUCGGCUCAUAGCUGAGAAGGUGAUUAACGUUUUUUCACAUCCUACAUCACUCAUCCUGAGUGAGAUUGUCGAUGUAGUGAUGAAUAAUCAAAUGUAAAAUAAACUUGUUUCUAAUUGGCCUGGUUACCUCAGGAUGUCACAAACAUUCCAGUCUAUUACAUUUGAAAUCCAGUCACUGUUGUGAUUCACUAGAUAGAAAUAACCAAACAGAGAAGUAUGUAAAAAUAGUGAGAAAAAAUUCUCAAAAGAACUGAAUCAUCUUAAUCUGAUGCUUGGCCAGGUGGGACAGCAAUGAGGGUUAGCAAAGUUGAGUUCAGGGAAAGACCAUCCAGGUCUCUCACUAUCGAUCACAAACCAAUAACCUGUACAGAGAAGCGCUCCUCAGGUGAGGGCAGGAUUGAAUUCAUCCCAAGGUUUUCUGUGAUUGAAUGUUGAACUCUCAAUCUUGGCCGUUAAAGAUUAUAUAAGGUAUAUUAUAUGAGAUUAUAUGGCCAAUUAUAUGCGGUACAGAUUUACGGCAAUGAAGAAGUAAUUCAGGUGUUGUGGACAAUGACCAGAAUUUUGUUUUUACCCAGUGAGUUAAAAUCAUAGAAGCAUAGAAUCCCUACAGUGUGGAAACAGGCCAUUUGGUCCAACAAGUCCACACCGCUCCUCCAAACAGCAUCCCAUCCAGAUCCAUCCCUCUACCCUUUCCCUGUAACUCCACAUUUCCUGUAGCUAAUCCACCUAACAUAUACACCCCUGGACACUGUGGGCAAUUUAGCAUGGCCAAACCACCUAACUCGCACAUCUUUGGACUGUGGGAGGAAACCGGAGCACCCGGCGGAAACCUAACAUCUGGAAAGCACUGCCUGAACAAGUGGUGGAGGUAGAUUUGAUACUAAUAUCCAAAUAUAAGUAGGAAAAAUAUUUGAAAGGAAGCAUUUUUGUGUCUAUGGGGAAAGAGCAGAGUGGGCCAAAUCAGAUAGCUUCUUGAAAGAGCCAUCAAGUACAUGGCCUCCUGUGGUGUAUCUUUCUGUACUCCAGAGGGUGAAGCAUGCUGCACCCCAAUAAAGGAAGAAAUUCAAAUUUUUUUUUGCGAUGGAAUCAUUGUUGGCAUUAAACACAGUUUUCAUUUGAAAAACAUACAAUGUGAUAGUGCUUCCUGUAUGAGUGCAACAUUCCAGCUGACCUCAUUCCCCCAUUCUGCUUCUAUAACAAAGAGGUUCAGAGUUCAGUAGUUAUUUGAAAGGUAUUUUGAUUUCAUUUUAGUCUUCAUGAUUACCUGAACAACUUGUUUUGAUGGAACAGUAUCUAAAGGAGCACUGCAUAAUUUCUGUAAUAUAGGAAAUGUUAUAUUGUGUAUAGUUCCUUCACUAUGUGACAAUAGUACUGCAUUAUUACAUAUGACUAAACACAUUUUCUUCCUUGAUUCAGCUUUUACUGUAUUUUGCUUCAUUACCUUGUCACUCAAAAUUCACAAACAAAUGA